CCCGUAAGAUUUCAAUUCACUCUUCUCUGUCCUUUUAGUUUGUUUCAUAUGCAAAAUGUUUGCUUUAUACAACAAACCUAGAACUAUCAUUUCAUGUCUGAAUAUUAUCAACUCCAAAUUAAGGUUUCUUGAUAAUGUAUCAAGAACCAUCACAAAUGCAUCACCCAAAAUUGAAAACCCUGAAAUUGGUUCCAAGAAUCACUCAUUUACUGUCUCUUACCUUAUAAAUAAUCAUGGGUUAUCCCCACAAGUUGCUAUAUCAAACUCGAAGAGGGUAAAGUUUGAAUCUUUAGAUAAACCUGAGUCUGUUGUGGCCCUCUUCAGAGACCAUGGAUUUAGUGAUAGUCAGAUAUCAAAUAUAAUUUCUAAAUGCCCGCAGCUCCUUACUUAUAAUCCUAAAGUGACCCUUUUGCCGAAACUGAAGUUCUUUUUCUCUAUUGGCGCAUCAAGUGAUGAUGUUGCCUCAAAACCUUAUAUUUUGGACCGCAGCUUGGAUAAGCGACUUGUUCCGUUUCAUGACUCUUGCAAGAGUAUGUUUCUUUCUGACAAACAGAUUUUUAAUAUUUUAAGGAAGCAUGGUUCUUAUAUUUUAGGCAUCCCGCGAGUGAGCGAUAAUCCUAAUGUUAAACUAUUAAAAGAAGUUGGAGUUGGAAUGAGGUAUAUUGGUCAGAUCAUAUACAGAAAACCCAGGUUCAUGAACAUAAACCAUGACAGAUUUAAGACAGUUGUUUACGAGCUUCUGGAAAUGAAAUUCGAUCCGUCCAGAGCUCAUUUUGUCGCGGCACUCUCCGUAAGAUUAGCUAUGAGUAACCUGACAUGGGCACACAAAAUCGAAGUUUACAAGAGGUGGGGUUGGACUGAGCAUGAGAUUAUGUCAGCUUUUAGACAGAAUCCAAUCUGUAUGAGUUUAUCCGAGGAAAAUAUCAUGAGUGGGAUGGAUUUCCUUGUGAAUAAAAUGGGCUUCCAGUCUAUGACUAUUGCUAAAAGACCAGUCGCUCUAACUUACUCAUUAAAAUCGAGAUUGAUUCCAAGGUGUUCAGUUAUCAAGGUUCUGCAGAUGAAAGGUUUAAUAAGCGAGGAUUUAAGCUUACUUUCACUUUCGAUUCUGAUGAUUACCGAUCAAAGCUUUGUGAAUCGGUUUAUAAUCAAGUAUAAGAAACAGCUUCCUCAACUAUUAAAUGCAUAUCAAAGUAAGCUGGGCAUUCUGGAAUUAGGUGAAAGCUAAGAUUCUUAUGUUCAGCAUUUCAGCUUUCAUGUUUAUUUAUAAAUUGUGUUUACUGGGUAGUUACUAAAACCUAGCCAUCACCGGAAUGUGUUUAAUAUUCCAGUGUGUUUUGCAAAAGCACUUAAAGCCAACAAGCUCUUUAGUUGCCUCCCAUGUGGUGAGAAAUCUUGAAUCUUGAAUAUAUUAUGUCUCCUGUUUUUCAUUUUAUUGUUUGUUGAAUUUGUUUCAA